GUCAGGCCGCAUACGACUUCAACGCACGACAAAGAUGCCGCGAGGGCAGGCGUGGGCGUUCGAGGACGCCGGGAAAGACGAGAAUCACAAGGGGCAAAAGAAGUGCUGCGUGUACAAGUAUAUCCGCGUGGGUCAGAGUCUCGGCGAGAGGUUCCRCUGGAACUGCAUGUUGAAGUGCCUGUUCUACGGCCACGAGUUCCUGGGAAACCAGUAUGUGGCGGCACGCCAUUUCAGGCAGGGAAAAGGGUAUCUGUCAGUGACCGACGAAGCGCUAAUGGACAUACACUACAACUCAGACUACAAGUUGGAAGGCAAGAUCCUUGACCAGAUGCUUCGGUUCGAGGAGCUUCACGGUCUGGCACCUGUGAUAGAUCCGUGCCAGGACGAGGGAGGGGCGAGACAGGCGAGGGGUGACGAGGAGGUGGUCGACGUUGACAACGUCGAGGACGAGGGUGCGAGGGUUGGGCCAUCAACAAGGGACUUCUCGGGGCGAGUGAAGGUUUUGUGGCCAUCACACAAUGAGAUCGCCGACAUUGAGACGGUUAUCCGCACARCGGAYGAUGUGGCGGGUGAUCUCGCAGAGGUCAGGGCUCCUUUCUAUGUCACGGGGGCCACCAUCAUGUCGGACGAUAGGAAGUCACGAGAUGGUAGACUGAUCGUUAACUUCCUUGCCGACGGCUUGCACRGAGUGAUGAUGGUGAGGACGAUGAACAGGGAGGAGUCAGCUUGCGGUGCCGACGCUUUUGGGAAGCAUCCCUGGCAUAUUCGCAGUGGGAUGGCUUCAUUCGCCGUUGUUCCCCAUCCGUCGGAGGAGCUUCAUCGAGGCUCACCCCCCAGAGUCCGACUGCACAGAUUGGUGAAGGGUCUGAGACAACGAUUAGAGGCAGCCGCCCACAUCGAUCCAGUGAUAGAGGUUCACGACGGGACACAGGGGGAGCCUGCUGUAGUCAAGGCAACUUUGGCAGGGACACAGGGGGAGGCAGCUGCAGGCGAGCCGACUUCAGUCGGGAUGCAGGGGGAGGCACCUGGAGGCGAGGCAGCUGGAGGCAAGGCGACUUUAGGUGGGAUGCAGGGGGAGGCACCUGGAGGCGACGCAGCUUGGAUAGAGAGGGAGGGACCUGGAGGCGAGGUAGCUGGGAUGCAGGGGGAGCCACAGGGGUUGCACGAGACCGGGGUCGCAACACUCGAGGACCCGCGUCUGGUGCCCGACCAACCUCUUCACAAUGGGCAGAGGACUGAGGAUGCUUUGCCUUAGACCAUGAGCAUGCCUUUACCGACG